AUGUCACGAACUCUGGUCGGACUCUGUGCUCGCGCUCUGCUUUGCAUCGCACCAGCAACGGCUGUAUUCAUCCCCCUUCAUCAUCCCCUUGAGCAGUCGCUACAGAUCCGCGCCUUUUCAGAUUUCAAGACUGAUGGCAAAUGCACUUCUGGUCAGGAAGCGAAGCUUACGACAUGGGUCACUGAUGCCAUAGCUCUGGCAGAUGCUGCCAUUGAUGCUAUCACGUCGCUUCAAGCUGCCUCCAGGCCUUACUCUGGGGCGGACGAUUGGACUGCAAAGACUCUGCACAGGUUCCUCGGUGUUGACUACGCUACCGGUACGGCUAGUGAUUAUACAACCAUCUCAGGCUAUUACACCGCUGCAAAGAACUUCAUGAGCGGGCAAUAUGCACCUUACAAUGUUGACCAGUCCUGGAUCUUUUGUGGUGACUAUUUCACGGAACCCAAGCAAUGGACAGAUAUAGCAUAUGAUAGAAAUGGAAACGAGAUUCCCACCUCGCCAACUGACAAUACGCCAUUGAAGCUCGAGGAUGUCCCAGAGUACACCGCCGAGAAGGCAAAUGGCAACGUUCCAUAUUGGAUCGACGCCAUGAAAAGAUAUGCAUUUCAGCUUCCAAAUGCUCUAAACCCCGGGCAGCGGGGCAGAACGCCCGGUGGGAUUUGCACCAACGGCAACAAAAACCCGCUGGCGGUUCACAUUCGGACUUCAGAUAAGAUCUCAGUCAUAACAAUUUGCGAUCCGAUGAACAAACCUGUCAAUGGGAAGAACGGCUUCACGUUAUUCCCGUACGAUAAGAUCUCCGAUGUUCCAAUUGCGGCCGGCAAGAACCUAAACUACUACCGAACGGGCAGCGGCACGAUGCUGCACGAGAUCAUCCACGCAUCUCGGCCCGCAGGACGGACCCCAGAUACUAUAGCUAACAACUUCCAACAAUGUGCAACUCAAUCAAACCGCGCAGCCGUACGACAUUCACCAGAGUGCGCUGCUGUGUUUGCAAGUGCUAUGUGGAUUCAAACGAAGACUAAAAACGAUGGUAAUCCAUAUGUAUUCUGGUCUGGAGCUGCUGCAAAGCCUUAAUUUGAAGCUUCU